AUGGGCAUUAACAUUGUGCGCUUGACCGUGCAGGGCAUGAGGGAAGCUAAAGCCUGCGAACACAUCAAAAAGCGAUUGCUAGAAGAUGGAUACAAAACCCCUCUUGUGGCAGAUAUCCACUUCACGCCGAAGGUCGCACUGGUUUGCGCUGACUUUGUUGACAAGGUGCGCGUGAACCCUGGCAAUUUCGCAGACGGCCGAAAGUCCUUUGACACCAUCUCAGAGCUGACCGAGGAGGAUGUGCAGGAAGCCAAGGACGCCAUAGAGGAAGCGCUGACUCCGCUCGUCUUGAAGCUGAAGGAGCAAAACAAAUCCAUGCGUAUCGGUGUGAACCAUGGAUCUUUGGCUGAGCGCAUCCUCUUCCAGUACGGCGAUUCGCCGGAAGGCAUGGUCGCGUCAGCGAUUGAGUUCGGAGAGAUCUGCCGCAAGCAUGACUUUCACAACUUCAUCUUCAGCAUGAAGUCGUCAAACCCACAAGUCAUGGUGAAUGCAUACAGGCAGUUGGCGCGCGAAAUGUACAAGCUCGGAUGGGACUACCCCUUGCACCUUGGUGUCACAGAAGCUGGCGGGGGCUCUGAUGGCCGUAUCAAGUCCGCAGUCGGGAUUGGAGCUCUGCUGUUGGACGGCCUUGGUGAUACCAUUCGUGUUUCUCUCACAGAGGACCCGGAGUUUGAGGCAAAACCUUGCAUCGCUCUGCGAGGUGUUGCAGAGGGUGCUUUGGGGAAGGGCGUUACAGCUUUCGAAGAGCAUAGCGAAAGGAGGAACGGCCAAUUCUCUCGACGAAAGUGCGAGUAUCCCAUUGAUGUGCCUCUGAACCAGGAUGGUUCGGUGCUUGCACGCAUGUCAGUAAAGGAGCUCAAAGACCUUGACACUGCGGGGCUUUGCGAUCGGCUUGGCUUGAGACUACGCGCCGAUGGUGAUGUGCAGAAGGACUGGAAGAGCGUAGAUGCUGUGGUGAUUGAUGGCAUGCUGCCACCCGGCGCGGGCGUGAAGCUGAAGACCCUCUUGGAUGUACCCACAGGUGUUCUUUGCAAAGCUGGCCCAAAUGUUCCUGAAGGCGCAACUGUGCUGAUGACUGCAGAAGCUGUAGCUGAAGGCGAGUCACUGCCAGAGAGACUUGGCGGCUAUGCCGUGGUCUUCAGUGGAGAGGAAUCUCAGGAUUCCAUGAAGGAUGUGCUUGACAAAGCAUCGCCGCGUUUCAUCCUGCUAAAGCCCAUCACUCGGGAUGCAAGGACUUUCAUUGCCAGAAGAUUCUUUGCGCAGCUGAGCCAGCUGGAAAAAGGCAAGUCUGUUCCCACCAUGCUUUGGUUUGACUAUGCCAAGGAAGACGGCAAAGAUCAGGAUGAUGUCGUUGUGGAGGCAUCUGCUGACUUCGGCAGCCUUUUCGUGGAUGGAAUGGGCGAAGGUCUGCUCUGGGAUGCGGAGGACCUCUCGGCUGAUGAGUUGCGGGAAUCCUCUUUUAACCUUCUGCAGGCGUCUCGCAUGCGCAUCUCCAAGACAGAGUUCAUCAGCUGUCCAUCUUGUGGUCGCACGUUGUUCGACCUGCAGGAAACAACGGCCAAGAUCCAAGCCAGAACUGGACACCUGCCAGGCGUCCGUAUUGCCGUCAUGGGUUGCAUUGUCAAUGGGCAUGGGCCCCAGUCACCAAGCAUGUUUUGCUUACAGUCAAGACUUCAUUUCGUGUGCUGA